GAGAUAACGGUUGAGAAAGACAUGGGGAGUGCUCACUACAGCUCCUUAAGCAGAGGGUGUUUUAUGAUUCAAAAGUAGGCAGCCAUAGAGAAGGGAAGCUACUUAGAUCGAUAAAGUAAUCAGAUUGGAAGAAGAGUGAAAGAGGCAGGGAACAGAGUCUCCUCUGCUGGAGAGGUUUCGAAAACUGGGAUUGACUUUCAUGAAGUCCCGAGUCAUGAAAUCUCAGGGGGUGACCCAACCAUUAUAUUCACAUUAAAGGAAGGUCAACAGAUUUUCUUCUUUGUGCUUAGUCCAUUCUCAGAAGCGUCUCUUGCCACCCUUCCCCUUCUGCUAAGUAAGGCUUAAAAUUAGGAAGCAUCCUUUAAAAGGCAAAAAAGGAAACAGAUGAGAGAGAACACAAAGGAGACUUGGACAAGUAGAAAGUGGAUGACCCAGGCUCUGUUACACAUACUUGGAUUCCAACUGGGACCUAGAUUUGCUGAGGACGGCAGCCAGGGAGACAGGACCAUGUGGCUGCUCCCAGCUCUACUCCUUCUCUGCUUCUCAGGCUGUUUGUCUCUGAUGGGCCCUGGCUCUGUGACUGGCACCGUGGGGGGCUCUCUGACAGUGUGGUGUCAGUAUGAGAGCACGUACAAGGGAUAUAACAAAUACUGGUGCCGAGGACAGUAUGACACGUCAUGUGAGAGCGUUGUGGAGACCAAGGGAGAAGAGAAGGUAGAGAGGAAUGGCCGCGUGUCCAUCAGAGACCAUCCAGAGGCUCUCGCCUUCACUGUGACCAUGCAGAACCUCAAUGAAGAUGAUGCUGGGUCUUACUGGUGCAAAAUUCAGACAGUGUGGAUCCUGGAUUCGUGGUCACGCGAUCCCUCGGACCUGGUUAGGGUGUAUGUUUCCCCAGCAACCAAAACCCCAAGGAGGACCACACGUCCAGCCACAACUCCCAUCUUCCUGAUGGUGAACUCUGGGCGAAACCUCAGCACCGGGGAGGUGUUGACCAAAAAUUCAGGGUUCCGGCUCAGCAGCCCUCACUUCCUGCUCGUGGUCCUUCUGAAGCUGCCCCUGCUCCUGAGCAUGCUGGGUGCUGUCUUCUGGGUGAACAGGCCUCAGCGGGCUCCUGCUGGGAGAUAGAGCCAGGCUGACCUGAAGCCCUGCAGAGCCCUGUCCCCAGGAGUGCCCUGUGCAGGGAGUCAGCCUUUCAGACUGGAUGCAAGAGAUCUGUGGACUCUGGAGGGAUUUAUUGUUCCUGUGCCUCAAAGGAGGGUCCUGUCUCUUAGAGGACAUUCCUUUGGAGGCCUCAGUGUGGAGCUUGAGGGUCCUCCUUUCUCCUCCCCAGUCCCCUGCCUCCCUGCCCUCAUGCCCACUUCCCAAGGGCAAGAAUUCCCUGGAAGUUGGCCGGGCACCAUAGUGAGUGCCUGUAAUCCCAGCUCAGGAGGCUGAGGCAGGGGGAUCACUUGAACCCAAGAGUUCCAGGCCAGCCUGGGCAACAUAGAGAGACCCUGUCUCAAAGAGAGAGAGAGAGAGAGAGAGAGAGAGAGAGAGAGAGUAAAGGAGGGAGGAAGGGAGGGAAAAAUUUUUCUGGAGGAGUCUGGCCCUUGAUUCUUCUCCUUGGCAUAAAUGCUUCCCAGGCCAGUUUCCCCCAGGGCAAUAACUACCUCCUUCCUGCAGACAGGAGGCUCCCUGAGGACACGUCCCUCACAGUCCCAGCCUUUGGGCUCACAGGGCUCCAUUCUUUCUCUGGGACAACCCCCAGGGAGCUUGGUCCCGGCAGAGCUUGCUCAUGCAGUUCCCAGUGUUCCACAUGCUCAGGGCUCCCCUCUUCUUCUGUCGCCCCUUGGGUCUCCCUGGCUUUAAGGCUCCUUCUCUCCCUGUAACCAGGCAGUGUGUGGCUGGGCUCAGAACAUCUCUGCCUGGGUGAGCCAUGGAUGAGCAGCUCCAGGUUAAAGUUCUGGGGCGAGUUGAAACAGUAAUGGGAGAAAAAACUGGUGGGUGCCCCUGAUAUCACUCCUGGAAUUCCCCCACCUGGGGGUGUCCUGUGCACAGGGUCAACAGAGUCAGCUCUGUCCACUUUAGAAGUCUGGCUGAGACCACCUGUUAGCAAUUAACCUUUUCCACAGGCAGAGCAGACAUCGUUUUUCAAAGACAGGAUGGAGGACACAGAGGUGAAGGAUACUUGUUCACACUUGAAGUGCAUAGUGUCAUCAUCACUACUGGGGACCCCUGGCUCAGGAACAAGCUCGGUUGGUUUUUUGAAUGUUUGUCAAUUACUCCGUCUCCCUAAAGUUUGUGGGGAGGACUCCCACAAUCUGCCACAAGCAAGCAUCACCAUCUCCACUUGCUACCUGCAUCUGGACCAGUGCUCUCCCUCUGCCCCCAGGCCCGACCUCAUCCUCAGCUAGUGAUGCCAGUGUCCAGAGCAUAUGGAGCACCCCUAUGAGUGCUGAGUGCUCAGGCAGAGCUGCCGUACUCUGAACUUGAGCUCUGGUGGGGCUCCCAGCUCUGUCAUGCAUGGUGACUCUGGGAAAGAUGGGGCUGGCCCAGGACUCGUGCUGAAAGAGAAAUUCAAUCUAAUAAGGCCCAUAAUAAUUAUAUUAACCCAGGAAAUAUGACGAUGAGCAAGAAAGGAGCUUAUGAUUCAUUUUAUGAGAAGGAUAAGCUCCCAAGUCAUUACAGCAUAGGAAGAACUCUAGAGGCACAGAAGAUGCUUCCUGAUGUCAGGAGGUUGGUGAGGAGAAUAUCAUGUCAAAUUGGCCAGGUCAGAGAAAGAAGGUGACAUUCGUGUGUGAUGUUGAAGGAGGUAUAGGGUUUCAGUGGGGCAGGGAUGGAGCAACAGAGAGAGAGAGAGGACAGAGAAACUGCAUAAGUGAAAGCAGAGAGGCAGGAAAUAAUCUUCGUAACAAGAAUCACUCAUAGAAGACCUAUCAGCAAAUGGACUGUACUGUUCACAUACAGAUGCUCAUGGGAGGAUGUGUCUAAGAUUCCAAUGGAGUGAAGUUUUUCUGUGGCAAGCCACAUGGAACUAACCUAGAAGAACUCAGGUGGUGGUAGGUUCAGGAGGCUUAGGACUCAACUCUUACUUAAACUUUGAUUAGCUAUGGUGGGAUGGAUUUGAGCAGAACAAGAUGGGAUUGCAGAUGUGUUGUAGGAUGACUUGCCUAGCAGAUGUAGCAAAGUCUGAAAGGAAGAAUCUGGGAGUCCAGAGUCUCAAGCCUGGAAAACCAGAGAAAUGGGGCGUCAUUGACAGAAGUAGGAAAGUCAAGAGCAGGUUUGGUUGAUGCAGAGCUUAGUUUUCUGGGUGUUUGGAAUUAUCUGGCAGAGAGGUCUAGCAGAUAGCUAGAGAUCUGGGUUAGCAGAGUGUGGAGCGCUGGAGAGGAAUGUGUGUAGAAAGAUUAAUUGGAGGCCAGGAAAAAGUGAAAGCAUGGGGAGAAGAGGUCAGAACCAAGGACAGAGCCCCUGGGGCACCUACAUUUAAAGACAAAGGGUAGGAGGAAGAGACAUUGAACAAGGAGCUGGAGCAGAAACAAACAGGUGGAAGAUGAGAAGUCAAGGGCCAUGAAUGUUUCAAGGAGGAAAGCAGAGCUGGAGAGGUGGAGGAGGACCGCGAUUGAGAGGCGGCUAUUGAACUUAUCAUUCAUAAGGUCACUAACGAAGUUCAGAAGAGCGUAUCAACAGAGCAAUGUGAGCAGAAGCCAGAAGGGAAGAGUUAAGAAAGAGUAGACAGAUGGCAGACAGCAGGUGCAGGAGAAAGAAACAGUGGCUUCUCCAUGCUUUGAAUUUUCCAUUCUCCCUUACUCCCUUUUUUCCCUCUAUUUUUCCAUUCUUUUUUCCCUUUAUUUACUCAUUCAUUCAAUAAACUUUUAUUGUGUGUCUA